UGCCAAGUGCUGCUCCGCUCCAUCCGUGACGAUGAUCUCCCGUCUCCCCCAUCUCCGUCGCUGCGCCUCCCAUGUGCGCCACGCCUCCUCUACCGCGUACCAGAUCGAGAAACAGGGGGCUGCCGCGACAGCCGUCCUGUCCCAUCAUGUGCUCAACAAGAUUCCUUCCGCCACCGGAGACAAGCUCGUGGUCAAUUGGCUAGCCGCGGGCGUUGAUCCUGUCGAUCUCGCCGUCAUGCGUGGUGCACCCUCGGCCGCAGCGUAUGCGCCGCCCGCGUUUCCCGCUGUACCAGGAACAGAGGGUGUUGCCGUUGUGGCCAGUGUUGGGCCAGAUGUCAAGUCCGUGAAGAGUGGGGACUUCGUCAUUCCGGUCAAAACUUCCGCAGGUACUUGGUGCGAGACAGGGAGCAUCAGCGAAAGCGAUGUCGUGUCGGUGCCAAAGACAAUACCACUGGAACUCGCGGCGACACUGUCUGCGAGUCCAUUCACAGCGUUCCGCCUCCUGUCGGAUUUUGGAUCCCUAUCGCCGGGAGACGUAGUUGUCCACAACAACGCUUCCUCUCCAGUAGGAACAGCUCUCGUGCAGAUAGCGAAAUCAAUGGGAAUCAGAAGUAUUUCACUUGUUGACGAAACGUCAGCGGAGUACUCGCCAUCCGUCGAGCGCCUCAAGCUCAUGGGGAGCGAUGUAGUUGUAGACGAGGCGUUUGCAACCUCAGACGAAUUCAAGGCUGUGAUCAGCGACAUGCCAGCUCCCAAGCUCGGCAUCAACGGGUCGACCAUAGGUUCCUGCGACGUCGUUGCGAGCUUGGUCCAGGGCGGUGGCACGGUCGUGACGUAUUGCCUCGGGGCAUCAGAUGACGCGUCCAUCAAGUCAAAGGGCUUGUCACCGGCAAGGUUUUCGUUGCCUGCGUGGCUGAAAGGGCAGAAUCGGUCAACGGUUGAUGCCAUGGUGUCGGAGCUUGUGAAAAUGAUUGAGGAGGGCGAGUUAACCGGGUGGCUGCAAAAGGUGAAGUUUGACGAACUUCCCCAUGCAAUUGACGAGGGUGGCAUGAUGCGUCGCAAGCUCGUUACGAUCAUGCCACAGGCGGCGGAUGUGUAGUGUUGAAGAUAGCAUGUAAAAUGAAGUGUUGGUACUA